AGAACUUCAUUCUAGAUGAAGCCGGUGGAGACCCACAGCAGCCGAACGGGUUUAGGCUGUGAUUGUAUAUACAGUUUGCUGUCUUCUUAUAAAAUAGCUGCGUAGGUUGAGCCCUGUGAACGAUGCUAUCCAGACUGAGGGUGGCGGUCCGGCCGUGUGCCUGUGCGACCCGCACUUUACAUACCAAAGAGAAGGGCAAGCCGCUUAUGCUGAAUCCAAGAACAAACAAGGGGAUGGCAUUCACUUUGAAAGAAAGACAGUUCCUGGGCCUGCAGGGACUACUGCCACCCAAAAUAGAGACCCAGGAAAUUCAAGCCAUGCGCUUUAAAAGAAACCUGGAGAAAAUGGCUGAUCCCUUACAGAAGUACAUCUACAUAAUGGGAAUCCAGGAGAGAAAUGAGAAAUUGUUUUAUAGAAUACUACAGGAGGAAAUUGAGAAUCUCAUGCCAAUUGUCUACACUCCCACCGUGGGCCUGGCUUGCUCGCAGUACGGGCAUAUCUUCAGGAGACCAAAGGGGUUAUUUAUUUCCAUCUUCGACAGAGGUCACAUAAGGUCCAUUCUGAAAAAUUGGCCAGAAACCGAUGUAAAGGCGGUGGUGGUGACUGAUGGAGAGAGAAUCCUGGGGCUGGGAGACCUGGGCGUGUAUGGGAUGGGAAUUCCUGUGGGGAAACUGUGCCUUUACACAGCUUGUGCUGGAAUCAGACCCGAGAAGUGCCUUCCUGUCUGCAUUGAUGUCGGAACGGACAAUCCAUCGUUGCUGAAGGAUCCCUUUUAUAUGGGUCUUUACCAAAAGCGAGAUCGUUCCCAGCUCUAUGAUGAACUUAUUGAUGAGUUUAUGGAAGCCAUUGCAGAAAUAUAUGGUCGGAACACCCUAAUUCAAUUUGAAGAUUUUGGGAACCACAAUGCCUUCAGAUUCCUGAGAAAGUACAGGGAAAAAUACUGCACCUUUAACGAUGACAUUCAGGGCACUGCAGCAGUGGCACUGGCAGGGCUGCUGGGUGCACAGGAAAUGACCGGUAAACCCAUCACAGAGCAGAGGGUUCUGUUCCUGGGAGCGGGAGAGGCAGCGCUUGGAAUAGCUGGUUUAAUUGUCAUGGCGAUGAUGGACAGUGGUAUAUCUCAAUCGGAAGCCAGGAAGAAAAUCUGGAUGUUUGACAAGCAUGGUUUGUUGGUGCAGGGCCGAUCAGAGGGUAAUGACAUGAACCAGGAACAAUUUGCUCACCAACCCCCUGCAGAAACAGUGAACAGUUUUCUAGAUGCCGUUGAUGUGCUCAAACCUACUGCAAUUAUUGGUGUGGCUGGUGCAGGUAGGCUUUUCACCAGUGAAGUCCUCCAGGCUAUGGGCACCAUCAAUGAGCGCCCCAUUAUAUUCGCACUGAGCAAUCCCACGGCAAAGGCUGAGUGCACAGCUGAGGAAGCAUACACGCUGACACAGGGGCGUUGCUUGUUUGCCAGUGGCAGCCCUUUUGAGCCAGUGACAUUGAGUGAUGGCCGUGUUUUUAAACCAGGUCAAGGGAACAAUGCCUACAUAUUUCCAGGCGUGGCUCUUGCUGUGAUCCUUAGCGGAGUGCGUCACAUCAGUGAUCAGGUGUUUCUGGAGGCUGCAAAGGCACUAGCCGAACAGCUGACGGAGGAGGAAAUGAGUCAGGGCAGACUCUACCCACCACUUUCUAACAUCAGGGAGGUUUCCAUACGCAUUGCAGUAAAGGUCGUUGAAUAUGUGUAUGCCCAUGGCGUCGCCUUCCAUUAUCCAGAGCCUUUGCAUAAAGAGCAAUUCGUCAGAUCGAAGAUUUGGAACAUAGAGUAUGAUUCCUUUUUGCCUGACCUUUAUGAUUGGCCAGAAGCUGCAGCAAAACCUCCCAAACUCAAGUGAAGUUUCUAUCUCCAAAGGAGGAGACCAUGUGCAAAGUUGGUACUCAUGGAUCAGCCCCCUUUUUGUUUUGUAAUUUCACGCCCUUUAUUUGUUUAUUUAAUGUCCUUUUCAUAUUUCUUUCCCUUUUCAAUUCUGCCUACCACAUGGAUUCUAUUUAUGCCUUUUUAAGAAGGUUUUGAGGUUAAUGUCACUAACAUUGGAUUAAACACACUUAUUUUAAGUAAUUUAAUGGAUACAAUCAAUAGCAUUUAAUGAUUAAGACAAUCAGGGCUUCAUCUCCUUUUCCCUGUUUGUCCUCUUUUGUGGUUAUAUUGUGCAUUUGUUAUACUUACUUUUAAUACAUCUAGUUGCAGCUCGCCUUUGGAUAAUUUUUGUUCAAUUUAUAACAGAAAUUUGGUCCAUUGCAUUACAGGGUCAUUAUUUAUGACUUGCAUAGAUUUAAAAUGUCCUUCAUGCGUGUAAAAUUAUUUCAUGUGAUGUGACUUUUUAUUGGUGAAAGUAGAUGAAGAACAAGGGAUGUAAAGGCUUUGUGUAAAUCAUAAACAAAUGAAACACAGCACAAUUCUGUCAGAAUGCAAAAUGUUUAACUAAGACUGAUAUUCAUUGAAUAAAACAAAUGAAUAAAAUCUCUUGUUUUUUACCAACUGCCCCUUUUUUAUUUUCAUCUAUUCUAACUUGUUAAUAUGUAAUAAUAAUGUAAAUGAGUGUAAUAUGGGUUUUAGAGAAAGUGAGUCUACUUGAGUGCACUGAAGACCAUUAUUGAAACUCCUGUUGUCUGACGUUAUUUACCAAACUACGUAUAUCUCCUCAUCAUUGACAUCGGUGUAAGAUGUACUGCUAUACUGUAGCUUGUUUUUAUGGACUUUAUUUUUGUAAUAGUCUGCUUUCAUUUAAAAAAAAACACAGAACUGUACCUCAGAUUUGUUACUGUAGCUCUGUUCCAAUAUGUUUGUAUUAUGUAUGUAGUGUCAUUCUGAUAAGUUAGUUUUAUUUUAGCUCUAUUUCUAAUAAUUCCCAUUUUUUAAAAUCUAGAUUACACAUUUAAAAAUCAGAUUUAAUGUACAAUUCUUACACACACAUAUAUAUAUAUAAAACCUUUAACUUUGAUUUUAAAAUACCUUUUGGUUACCUUUAAAACAGCUGGUUAGUUUAAAUAAAUAUAUUCUCAAAACAGAUACAAUACAACACUGCUUAAUCUCAAGUCAACAAACUAGCUUUUUUUCUGUAUUUCUUUGUUUUAGGAUGUUUUUGAUCGGCAGAAUGCCCAUAUUGUGAAAUGUAUAAACUGUUGUACCAUUCAAAAGUAGGCAUUUCUUGAUAUUCUGAUGUAGAACUAAGUAUUUAAUCUUUUACAUGCCAACAGUUUCACUUCCUCCUCCUAAUCAGCUGGUGUUUUGUAUGGUGUCACAUAAUGAGGACCCAAAGGUGACUCAGCUGACAAAGUUUGGGUAUUUACUCUGAAGAAACUGAAGUUGUGCACUCAGUCAUGCAGAAUUAUAUCUUGGUUAUUUCUUAAUUGUUUAUUUACUGUCAAAUUGUUCUGGCCAUUUUACAUCGUAUUACUGUAUUUCUGUUUCUGUAUACUAAAUCAAAUGUGUGUAAUCCAUGUGACAUAAAAUGUAUUUUGCAAUUGUA